AUGCUGGUACGCCGUCUGGCCCAGGUCGAAGAACAGCUUGAGUCGGUUAAGGCUACGAACGGUCCUCCUGCAGGAAUGGCAGGCCGUCAAUCUCGAGAUGGCUCGAACGGUGAGGCACGUCAGACUUCGGCACACGCUGGUACUGCUGCCAUCCAGACAAGAAGUGCGCUGCAGGGUCAAGGGACAAUCUGGGCCGACGGAUCUGCAUUUGUGGGUGAGACUUCCGCCCACUACAACCUGGAUCAGAUGGAAGAUCGACUUGAUAGGCUGGGCGUAGCCAGACCGGCGCGUGCCUCGAGCCCACCGACACAGCCGCUGACCAGGCCGGUGACGCCCGAGCGAGGCGCAGCGGGGUCAAGAACUGACUGGCGACGGAAUGGGGACGUUCGCCGACUGCUCCACACGUACGGCAUCUCAAUCGAUGGCGAGGCUUGGCAAAGCUGGCUAACGUCGUUUUUUGCUGAAGUUCAUCCGCUGUAUCCCUUCUUGCAUCCGCCAUCCGUGUGGGAGGAAUACAACAAAAUGUGGGAAAUAUAUCUGGCCACCCGCAGCUAUGCAGUGCUCAAUGAUGAGGAGGAUAUGGAUCUCAAGCUUGCUCAGAUCUUUCUGGCCCUCGCUAUUGGCCGCUGUACCGCGACACGGUCGAUGAACGAUGGUCGACAUUCCGCUGGGUGGAGCUUCUACUCCGUGGCGCUGGAUUUGGUCGGUGAUGUGCUAAAUCUGUGCGGCAACCGUGCGUCACCUUUGUUGCAGCUGCAGACGCUCUGCUUGAUGAUAGUGUAUCUCUUCCGGUUGGAUGCGAACGAGCGUGCGCAAAACGUCCUUGCCUUGGCGGUAUCCCAUGCCCACUCCCUUGGCAUCAACCGCAACGCUAUCCUGUCAAAGAUGCCGCAUUUCCAAGAGGAGCUAUUGAGAAGAAUCUGGUGGUGUAUCUACGUUCUAGACCGAAGAUUGUGUCUCGAAACCGGCCGGCCGUUCCUUAUAUUGGACCUGAACACGGACACAGAGACACCUUCCGACCUUUCCGACUCGUGGCUAUCUACUCAACGCUUCGCCAAGGACACGACAUCUGAGCUCAACGACAUGAUAGCAGAAGAACUGCGCCGGUGCAGUAUUUCGUCGGUCUCUUAUCUACGAGCAAUGAUCGGCUACUCCAGAGUCACUGGCAAAGUUUGGGAAGCUGUUUACGCCAUUCCUGUUGCUGGACAACCGCUCAAUGCCUUACAGCGGGAGUAUAUGGAGCUACUGCUCGAUCGUUGGAAGGAAACGCUGCCUUCAGCGCUCGUGUAUCAGGGUACGCCUGGGAAUAAUGCGGGCUCUGCUGGUCCGAAAGCCAUUGUACUACAGAGCUUUCUACUGUACCUCAGAUACCACUAUAUGAAGCUGAUGAUGCGUAAGCCGGUGCUGCAGCCUGCCAUAAACGAUCUCGAGAACAGCUUUACAUGCAUGCAGCUCGCUCACACGAUUAUUGACGCCUUCACACACGCUCCACCCACGUGGGGUGUCCUCAAGUUCCCAUUCCUACCGUACUUCUUGGGAGCUACCAUGGCAUCGCUAAGCGUUCUGGUUACUGAGCCUACAUUACGAUCAAGUUACGCAGAGCCUACUCUGCAGGCGGCGAAGCUGCUCAAGCAAUCAUGCUACGCAAGCUGGGUUUCCAGGAGGACAGCACUUACCAUUGCGCGACUACACGCAAUAGUUAACUCCAUUCUGUUGACAAGCCGUGGACCGACGGCCUCCGCCGAGAGUCUCGUGCGAGGACCCAUGUCACGCCCCUCUCAGCCGCGUGAGCAAGUGGAGGCCAGCCAAGAGUUGCGACCGUCCUCGUCGGCUGCUCCAGGACAAUCAGGCGGUCAAAUAUCUCCCAUUUCGAUGCAACAGGACGGCAGUCUGACUCUCAAAAUCAAGACACCGAACAGAAACAGCGACUCCCGGGUGUCAACGCAGGCAGGUGUCCAUCAAGACUGUGAGCCCAACACUAAACCACAAGCUGUGCGAGCAGCUCCCUCGGCUUCCGACCUCAACUGGGCUGACAUUGAUGUCGGAGAUUUCGAUUUCGAGCAAGCGAUCAGUGGCGGUCAACUGAUGAACUCAAAGGCAGACCAUGAGAUGCUACUGCCGUGGGGAAGUGGGACCGGGAGCUGGCUGGACCGUCUUCUGGACGUAACGCCGGACAUGCCUGUUCAGCAAUCUACGUAUCUCGAUCCAACUAUCCUCGCAAACCCGCAAGGACCGAGCAACUUCGCCAAUUGGGCUGGGUCAACGUCUCGGAGCUCGAUGGAUGGCUACUCGAGAUAG